CUUCAACCUUAUCUCUCUCUCAACAAAAGAAAACAUUACCUAACAAAACGGUCAGACCCGUUUCCAUGGCUCUCUCCUCAGCUCCAACCGUCUGCGUUUCCCGCCCAAACCCGACCCGAGUCGACUCGCCGACGCCAAGACUCACCGAUUCUCGCCCAUUCUCCCUCAGAUUCCGGAAGAACCGUCCAAUCUCUCCGACCCGAAACUCCACCGAAACGUCUUCUCCAGAACCAGCUGCAUCCCCAGAAGAGAAUCCCGACGAAACCCCGGCCGAAACUCCGAAGCCGUUCUCGUCACUGAUAUCGGCCAGCAACGUCGAGAAAGCUCUCCGCGGCAUCGCGAUCACGAGCGCAGACCACUACGGACGGCUAGGAAUCCGGAGAGGAGCUCCUUAUGAUCAGGUCACAAAUGCAUACAAAAGAAAAUGCGAAGAGCUGAUGAAUCGAGGAUUGGACGAAGAGGGAACGAGCAAGGAGCUGGAACUCUUAAAGGAAUCCUACUCAAUUCUGUCAUCUGAAGAGGAGAGAAGAUUGUAUGAUUGGAGUUUGGCAAGGAGUGACAGACCAGGCAGGUAUGUUUGGCCUUUCGAGGUUGAUAUAACACAAACCCCGACACAGAUUCCGCCACCUCCGGAACCGGAGGAUGUGGGACCUACGAGGCUGGUGGGGUACUUCUUUGUGGGCUGGCUGAUCUUGUCUUUUGCACUAUCUGUUACGCUCAAUCGAUAGGAGAGGCUUCCAUCCAUCCGUUCAUUUGGUCCACACAGCAUAUUUCUGUAUACUUAUGUACGAACUCUUCAUGUAAUGGGAACCACCAUGGGUGGGCCACACCCCAAGGAAAUGCACCAACAGGAUGAUCUUUUUGGCACAA